CACCUCGGACCGCUCUGUUCGGCGGCACCGCCUUGUCCGGGGCGGUCUCCGCGCUGUUCCGGGGGGCGCGGGGCGGUGCGACCGCCGCGCUCCGCUCCGCCCCGCGCCCCGCCGCCCGAGCCGCCGCCGCGAUGUCCGCGCUCAGCGCCCGCCGGCUGCUCCAGACCCUGGCUUGGCCCGGCUGGAGGUCGCGCUCCAGCAAACCUGCCCAAAACGUGCAGCUGAGCAAACCUGGGAACGGCUUCAGCUUUGAAUUGACAGAUGAGCAGAAGGAAUUCCAAGCUACUGCCCGGAAAUUUGCUCUGGAGGAGAUAAUUCCUGUUGCAGCAGAAUAUGACAGGACUGGGGAGUAUCCUGUGCCACUGAUUAAACGGGCCUGGGAGCUUGGGCUGAUGAAUACACACAUCCCAGAGAGCUGUGGUGGGCUGGGGCUGGGCACCUUCGAGGCAUGUCUGAUCACAGAGGAGCUGGCAUACGGAUGCACUGGGGUGCAGACAGCCAUUGAGGCCAAUUCCCUGGGGCAAAUGCCUGUGAUCAUCGCUGGGAAUGAGCAGCAGAAGAAAAAAUACUUGGGCAGGAUGACAGAGGAGCCCCUGAUGUGUGCUUACUGUGUGACAGAGCCGGGCGCGGGCUCGGACGUGGCCGGGAUCAAAACCCGGGCGGAGCGGAAAGGGGAUGAGUACGUCAUCAAUGGGCAGAAGAUGUGGAUCACCAACGGAGGGAAGGCCAACUGGUACUUCCUGCUGGCCCGCACUGAUCCUGACCCCCGGGCCCCAGCCAGCAAAGCCUUCACAGGCUUCAUUUUGGAGGCCAACAGCCCUGGGAUCCAGGUUGGCAGGAAGGAGCUGAACAUGGGCCAGCGCUGCUCGGACACGCGCGGGAUCGUCUUCGAGGACGUGCGAGUCCCCAAGGAGAACGUGCUGAUCGCGGAGGGCGCUGGCUUCAAGAUCGCCAUGGGCGCCUUUGACAAGACCAGGCCCCCGGUGGCAGCGGGGGCUGUGGGGCUGGCCAGGCGAGCGCUCGACGAGGCCACGAGGUACGCGCUGGAGAGGAAAACCUUCGGGAAACCCAUCGUGGAGCACCAGGCUGUGGCAUUCCUGCUGGCGGAGAUGGCCAUGAAGGUGGAGCUGGCCCGGAUGGGGUACCAGCGAGCGGCCUGGGAGGUGGAUGCCGGCCGCCGCAACACCUUCUACGCCUCCAUCGCCAAGGCCUUCGCCGGGGACGUCGCCAACCAGGUGGCCACUGACGCUGUGCAGAUCUUUGGGGGCAAUGGCUUCAACACAGAGUAUCCCGUGGAGAAGCUCAUGAGGGAUGCCAAAAUCUAUCAGAUCUACGAGGGCACGGCACAGAUCCAGCGGGUGAUCAUUGCCCGAGAGCACCUGGGCAGAUACAAGGCCUGAGGGAUGCGCCAGCUCCAGGCUGGGUAUUCCAGGGAAAGGGAUUGUGCUGCAUUUCUCCAUUAGAAAAACAUGGGAAAACCCCUUUUCCAUCAAACUCCUGUUCUUGUGCCUGAUCCAGCACAGGUUCUGGGACCCCAUCCAUCCCCUGGCCCAUCCCACUGAUUGACCAUCCCAAACAUCCCUAAAUCCCACAGGGAUCACAUCGCUCUUUCCAAAUCUCCCUUUGGCUUUCAGCAGCAAAGGAGACAAAACCCAUCCCCAAGCAAACCUGGAUGAGCAAAGAGUGAGCCAAAUUCUCAUUUUUUAAAAUUUAUUUUUGCCAGUGAAAGCAAAAAUCCAGCACGUCCCAGGAGUAAGAUUUGGGAUGUUUCCAUGUUUCUAAUGACAAUGAUCUGCUCCCUUUUUUUAUUCCUGGGGCUUGGAUGAUGGCAACCAGAUCAACCUCAGGGAACCUAAAAAACCUGACAUUUCCUCCUGUAGAAGGGCCCAGCUGGCUCUGCCACUUAGGCUCCAGGGCCCCAUUCCCAAGAUCCGUAGGAAUCACUGUAGGUUUGGAGCCUAUCAACUAAAGAAAAACUAAAGUGAA